AUGAGCCAAUUUUCUGGCAUUGCCACAUGCUUCGGUCACGUUGUGCUGGCCACUGUAACAGGAUGGUCGUUAAAGUAUCUACCCAGUCCGACCACCACGCCGGGUGUACCUUUCGUCUGGAUUAUGCUCUGGUGCCUGAUGGCCUACAGCAUACUCGGCAUCAUUCGUUUCAGCCAUCCUCAGCCGGGAAAGAUGUUGCGCAUAGUGUACGAUCAUAUCACCUUACUCGCCAAGGUGUGUCCUCUGCCGUCGCUCAAUGCGCAGCUGUACCUGUUGCCGGACCAGCCGCUGCACGGUUUCGGCGACAGUUCCAUGCGACUGUUUCAGCACGGUCUGGGCUACACCUUCCUGCUAUCGGCGCUGGUCGCUUACGCCCUGUGCAACGUUUUCAGCGACCUGAGCCGUCGCCACAUCGGAGAGUACGUUGCGACCGGUGUGCUGCUGCUGAAUGCCGUCGGUCUCAGUCUGGUGUCCUGCAGCAGUGACAACUAUUGGGCCAUGGGUCUGGUAGUGUCCUGCGUUUCCAAACACUUCCUGCUGCCCGUACUAGCGGAACGAUACCGUAUGCCUCACGCUCUGCUAUACACGUACGGUUUGAGCUUUUACGAAAUAUUCGCCGUCAACGCCGUCAUCGAUGUACAAACUUCUACGAUCAGAGUGAUAAUGUAA